AAUUACAUUGACAAAUAUUGCACAUCUGCGAACGAAAUUUCGUAUCUCAGUAUUUUUCAUUAAAAAUCCUUAUGUAUACGAUUAUUCUUCACAUAAAUCUGAACUCUCCAAAUCAUAAUAAAGUUACCAAGCCAUGUGAAUGCUUGUGUUAUCGAUAAAUUACAGUUAAAUGUCUAGAAUGAAGAAGUUAACGGGUUCAUUCCGCUACACGCAAUGGGACCCCUGCCUCAUUGUGUCCCAAAUAGUGGCCAUUCAGUCGGUUCUGUACCUGACCUUGAGCCUGCUCAUGGCUAUCAUGCAGGAUCUGACGGGGUCGACGAGGACUUUAGAUCACAUCUUCGAAUAUCAUGAGCUGCACAUCCGAGACAGCGAGGGCCGCUCGGUGAUCAUAGCGUUUGUAAUAAAUGCCAUAUUUGGUGCGAUUGCACUUUGGCUGCUCGUCGGGAGGACUAAGCUGUGCUUAGACUUCAGCUGCACAUACCACUUCAUCCACCUCUUCAUCUGCUGGUGCUACAACGGGGCGUUCCCGGUGACCUUCUCCUGGUGGACCCUGAACGUGGUCUGUGCCGCCAUCACCUGCGUCACCGGAGAGUUCCUGUGUCUCCGGACAGAACUGCAGGCCAUACCGCUCAGCAUGGGCGCUAAGGUGGACUUAUGAGUCAGCAUGGGCGCUAAGGUGGACUUAUGAGUCAGCAUGGUCGCUAAGGUGGACUUAUGAGUGAUGUUAUUAUAAGUUCAACAGUUAUAGGGUUUUUUAAGGCAGCGCGCGUGUGACACCCGAGAUAGUGUUUUAUAUGGUAGAUACUAAAAACACAAGAUUUCGAUUUGGAAGUUAAAAUUUUAUCAUGCAUUUUAUAACAAUUUUGUACUGUAUCUAUCAUUUUAGGAUCCAUAGAAAGUCAAGUUGUUUUUUUUUUUACCAAAUUUUUGUACAUACUAUAUAGCUAUAUAGCUAUCAUUUUAGGAUCCAUAAACUGCGGUAACCGGUUACUAGCACGCGCGUUGUAUUCUUGUUAGUUAGACCAAGAAAAGUCUGCAGCGUUUUUGAUAGCCCACGCAGUGCAAGUGUUAUUUUAAACGUCAAAUUUCUAUGAAAUUAUGAUGGAACUCUAUAGAACUUUGGUGUUAUCUUGUAAUAUUAUCGUUACUUUACUGAUUGAUCAAAUUGUUAUUACUGAUGGAUAUUGUUUUGUUGUUUAACAUUACACGGUACUCCUCGACUACAAUCUAUCACUCUUUGCUCUAGGCAAAGAGAAUUUAGACUAGAGGCAUAUUGUCCAAGUAAGUUAUGUACCUAGUCAGUACAUUUACUGCUACCUUUCGACAGAUAAAUAAAUAAAUAUUAUAGGACAUUUUUACACAAAUUGACUAAGCCCCACGGUAAACUUGUGUUGUGGGUACUCAGACAACGAUAUAUGUAUAUAUAAUAUAUAAAUACUUAAAUACAUAGAAAACAACCAUGACUCAGGAACAAGUAUCUGUAUCAUAUAUAUCAUAAUACAAAUAAAUGCCCUUACCAGGAUUCGAACCCGGGACCGUCGGCUUCAUAGGCAGGGUCACUACCCACUAGGCCAGACCGGUCGACAGAGAUCAUUAAAAUUUUUAGAACGCCAUUGAGCCUAAUUCUUUCACUGAUAUGUGUUAACUUGUUAAAUAUUAAUACUAACGCCAUCUAGUCGACUGUAGGCCAAAGGUCUAUAAGGCUGCAAUCUUUUCGAGCGAUGGCGCCAUAAUCUUCAGCCUACUCUCGAGUAGAUGGCGUUAAUAUUAAAUAUUUAACAAGUUAACACAUAUCAGUGAAAGAAUAAGGAUAAUAAUAGUCAAAUGGCGUUCUAACAGGUUUAAUCUUCUCUCGAAAGAUGGCAGUAAAUGUACUGUAGCUACAUAAUUUACCAUAAGAGUAACUCUCUAUUUAAAAUUAUUUUUGCUUUAGGGGGCUUCAUAAAUUUUUGGAUGAUUUUUGGAUGAAAUCGAACCAUGAUUUUUGGAUGAUUUUGGGGAAGGGGGGUCAAAAAUCGAUGACUUAAUUUAUGGACAGCCCCUUAGGUAAUGAAAAAUUAUGUAUUUUAAUUUUAAUUUCUAAUAAUACUAAAAUAACAUUUUGUACUGUUUGUAAAGGUUAAAUGGUGGAUUAACCAGGUUUUUUAUUAAUUGGCUAACAGUCUAGACUCUUUAACAAGUGAACUUUAUAGGAUUGAUUAAGUAUAAAUAAUAAUUUAAUUUUCUCAAAAAUGGACGGCAAAGUCGACUUUGCCGUCUAAAAACUAGGUCGCGAAGCGCGUAGUUUAUGGUUAGUCAAAAAUUAAAAAGUUAAAAACAUUGCAGUCUCGAUUUUGGGACUGCAAUGUUGCAUACAAAUUCCAUUAUUUGUAGAGUUCCAAACUUUUUAAAAGUUGAAAUGACCAUAUCAAAUGAAGGCACAGGCCCAUUAAACAGCCAAACAGCUGAUUAGUACCGCGACUAUUAAUUUAGAUGUCUCAAAUAGGUUGGCGUAUUUUUGGCAGAAAAAUACACUUCAAUUUUUUUAUAAAAAAAAAUAAAAUGGCGGCAUGGGCUUAUUUCUAUCAAAAUAUAUAUGUAAGAACGUUGCUUUUGUAAAAUAUUUCUAUGAUAUUUAUAUUUCUUGCACCAUUUUUGAGAAAAGCACUAUAUAUGACUCGGCUGGAAGGCUACUUGCUGGCUUCGAAUUCAAUUAAACGGACUCCCAAGGUCGUCCGUUUAAAACGAAUCCUCAGCCUGCAAGUAGCUACUUCCGAGCCUCGACAAUAAUGUACUAUUGUUGAGUAUAUUAUUUCCAUUAAAAUUGUGGUAUGAUGAUCAGAAGCACAGGCUUUUGAACUGCAAUCAAUAUAUGAAGUGAUGUAAAUAAUAUAAUAUUUUAAUUACCAAA